GGUUUUCUUUAUUGAGAAGUUCAAAUUCUCAUCUCAAGAAGCAAGUGCAAUUAACAGUAUUGUGUAUAUCAUCUCGGCUCCCAUGUCCCCAGUCUUUGGCCUCCUGGUGGAUAAACUUGGAAAGAAUAUCAUCUGGGUUUUAUGUGCGGUAGUAACUACGCUUGCUUCUCACAUUAUGUUGGCUUUUACCUUCUGGAACCCCUGGAUAGCCAUGUGUUUGCUAGGAGUUGCCUACUCGUUGCUCGCCUGUGCCUUGUGGCCCAUGGUGGCCUUCGUUGUUCCAGAGCAUCAGCUGGGAACUGCGUAUGGCUUUAUGCAGUCCAUCCAGAACCUUGGUCUGGCCAUCAUCGCUAUAGCAGCUGGGAUGAUUCUGGACACAAGAGGAUACUUGUUUCUCGAAGUCUUCUUCAGUGCUUGUGUUUGCUUGUCCCUAAUAGCCGUAGUCAUGCUGUACUUUGUGAAUCACUUCACAGGGGGUGAUCUCAACUGGUCUGCAAAGAAAAGGGAAAAACUGCAGAAAGUAGCUGCAAAUGAAGCAGAAGAACAAGAGAGACUCAGACGCCAAAAUGAAGAUGACUUGGCUAAAUUACGGCCAAAAGCUGAUGACUUUAGUUUAAGGAAUAAAUACCUCUCCAAACUAGGCGCUCAGGUAUUAGUAACAAAGUAG